GAAUGGCACCUCUGUGGUCUCUGUGCGUGCUCCUCGCUGCACUUGUCCUGCUUCAGAAUGAUAAAGCUCAUGCAGAUGACGACAAAUCCUUGGGCAGUCCAUUUGUACAAAGAGCUGUACGGGAAGCCAUUGAACUGGUGGACAAAGCGUACAAGGAGACCAGAGUUAGCCAAAAACAGCAUCUGAGCAAAAGAUCCUUGAGUGCUGGUGACCUCCUGCGUUUCUUCAAACACCCAGUGGCAACAACCAGGGUUGCAGUGCGAUCAGCAGAGUACAUGGAAAACACACUGCGCCUCAUUCAGCAGCAUGUCCAUCGAGUCCACAAACGCUCACUGAAUGCAACAGAUUUAUUAACACCAGCUGACCUGGAUACCAUUGCACGUGUCACAGGCUGUCUGGCCAUACGUCAACCUCCAAUAUGUAAAGACGACUGUUUUUCAGACCGAUACAGGACUUUCACCUCUGUGUGCAACAACAGGAGGAAGCCUCGCCUGGGAUCAUCCCACAUUGCAUUCACCCGAUGGCUCCCACCUCGCUAUGAAGAUGAGUUUUCACUUCCACUGGGCUGGACUCCAAGCAGACGAGUAUCAGGAUUCACUCUGCCACUGGCUCGCGAAGUGUCCAAUAAAAUCUUGAGAACACGCAAUGAAGACGUGGUCAAUGAUUUAGAGGUCACUCACUUGUUUAUGCAGUGGGGUCAGUGGAUUGAUCACGAUAUGAGUUUAACCCCUCAUUCUGGCAGCAUCCAGACCUUCAAUGAUGGCAUUGACUGUGAAAGAACCUGUGUUCAAAGAAAUCCCUGUUUCCCAAUACGGAUCCCUCGAGGUGACACAAGAAUCAAGAACCAGAGUAUAUGCUUGCCAUUCAUCCGGUCAGCUCCUGCGUGUGGCAGCGGUGAGCUGGGCUCAUUGUUUGGUGAUGUCAACACUCGGCAGCAGAUGAACGUACUUACUGCUUUCAUUGAUGUGAAUGAGGUCUAUGGCAGCACGGACUGUGUGGCCAACAAACUCAGAAACCUCACUAAUGAGCUUGGCCUGAUGGCUGUCAACACGGAAUAUUCUGACAAUGGGCGAGAAUAUUUACCAUUUAACACCAUUUCAAGCAACCUUUGUGGAAGUAUGGGGGAAAGUUGUCUAACCAAUGAAAAUUCAACUCCGUGUUUUAUAGCUGGGGAUGUACGUGUCAAUGAACAACUGGGGGUAUUAACCUUCCAUACAGUGUUUCUCCGGGAACACAAUCGUUUAGCGAGAGAGUUGAAGAAGCUGAACCCUCACUGGAGCGGAGAAACAACCUAUCAGGAAGCGAGAAAAAUCCUGGGAGCCUUUCAGCAGAUAAUAAACCACAGAGACUAUGUUCCCCUGGUAAUCGGAGAGGAGGCAACAAUGAAAUAUCUCUCACCUUAUGAAGGCUAUGAUGAAUCUAUCGAUCCUGGUAUUGCCAAUGUAAUUGCAACAGCAGCUUUCCGUUUUGGACAUCUCAGCAUUCAGCCAAAGCUAUUCCGCGUUAAUGAAAACUACCAGGAACACCCACAAUUCAAAAGCCUUGACCUGCACCAGGCUUUCUUCACUCCCUGGAGACUGAUCAAGGAAGGUGGAGUCGAUCCCCUCAUGCGAGGGUUGUUGGGCAGACCAGCCAAACUACAGAGACAGGACAAGAUGUUACCAGACGAAUUGCGAGAGAAACUGUUUGAACUGACCGCUCAUUUAGGAAUGGACCUGGGUUCCCUGAAUAUGCAGCGUUCCCGAGAUCAUGGACUCCCAGGUUACUAUGCUUGGCGGAGAUUCUGUGGCCUUUCAGCAUCCAGAAGUCAGUUUCAGCUCUUCAGGAUCCUCCGCAGUCGUGAUUUAGCAAGAAAACUAAUCAGCUUGUAUCGAACUCCAGAAAAUAUUGACGUGUGGGUGGGGGCAAUCUCCGAACCCUUCGUAAAAGGUGGCAGAGUGGGCCCUUUGUUGGCUUGUUUAAUAGGACAACAAUUCAAGAACCUGAGAGAUGGCGACAGAUUCUGGUGGGAAAAUGAUGGCGUUUUUUCUGGUAGCCAACGUCAGGCUCUUCAAAAAAUCUCCAUGUCCAGGAUAAUCUGUGAUAACACAGGGAUUGAGUUUCUUCCUCGGAAUGCCUUUAAAUUCCAUCAAUAUCCACAAGGAUACGUUCACUGCAGUGAGAUCCCAAAGGUCGACUUGAGUGCCUGGAGGGAGGAUGCACAAGUAACCCCCUGUGGCUCUGUUCCUGUUGUUAAGCAUGCCCAUUUCUCCAUCUGUAAGUCUUCAGUCAGAUAUACCUGCGAGUCCAGAUUCAAACUGGUGGGAGGAGACACGAUAACCUGUCUGAGUAAUGGACAGUGGAACCAAGAACCACCUAGCUGUGUAGAUCCCCAGUCAACUGGAUAUCACAAUGUUCGAAUUAAAGUAAUACAAGGAGGUAAAGGUAGUUGUGUACCAAAAGGACCUAAUGGAGAAUGCAUUCAAUCUGCAUCACAAAAUGAUGUGGAAAAGGUUCAACUCAAUGAAAAGAAUGUGAAAAUAAAAGAUGCAAUUCUAUCUGGAAAGAAGAACAACAGCUAGAGAGGUUACAAAGAUCAAAUAGAAAUAUUUACUUGUCAAAUAUCUGGGUUUAUCAAUUUUCUUAAUACUGUGGAGUGAGCAGAAGCAUCAUUGUGUACCUUUAUAAAAUAAAAUUGGGCUAUAUUAAGUGUCUCGGGGCAGGAUGCCAAAUAUGGGAGAAAUACUUUUUGGGAAAUAGCAUCCUUCAGCUAAAUUCUGGUGAUCAAGCUUGAUUUGAGCUUGAGCUGGUUCCUUAAUCUAUUACCGACUGUUUCCUGGCCUGCUUACUUUACAGUUUAAUUACUUUGCUUUCCUUCCAGACAUAUAUAAAGAUCUUUCCAAGUAAAUUGUUAGCAAAAUUUGCUUUAGGGGUUUCUUAGAAACUGAGCUGGGUAAUCAGGAGCCACUCCUGGUUCUUUAUAGUAGACAAGCUGAUUUCCAUAAUUCUCAUGUGUAGAGCAAAUCCAUCCUCAGGUCUGAUCUUGGGAUCUGGCUCAGUCACAGAUUCUUUUCCCAAUAUUAUUUCAGGGCUCCCCAGAGUGAUUCAGCCAAAGAGCUGAGAUGUUACCAACAAAUCUCUGAGUUACCAAAUUAGAUUCACCUUCAGUGUGGAAAUAGGCCCUUCAGCCCAAAAAGUCCACACCGACCCUCCGAAGAGUAACCCACCCAGACCCAUGUCCCUCUGACAAAGGCAUCUGACAAUAUGGACAAUUUAGCAUGGCCAAUUCACCUGACCUGCACAUCUUUGGACUGUGGGAGGAAACCCAUUUUUUCACAAUUAACAUUUCUACCUGUAGCACAUUUUGGACGAGCCAUGUAGCAAAAAUCUAUUUUUGACAAUGGAUGGCAGUGAGAAUAUCUAAUUAUGGACACUUCUAUGAGAGGGGCUGGUUAGCUUGGAUGGCUGGUCUCUGAUGCAGAUUUGACAGCAACACUGUGGGUUCAAUUCCUACACUGACUGAGGUUAGUAUGAAAGACUCCCCUUCUCAAUCUCUUCUCACUUGUUGUUAAUUGGGUUCAAUUAUUAAUGUGUGCAUAAAAUUUAAUACAUUAACUACAAAAUGUCUAAUCACACUGAGUGAUGUAAUGAAUCAUGUCUGAAUUUUCUGGAUACAAUGUGACAAAUUGUUUUCAAAUUGUUUAUUUCAAUGAAAGUUCAAAUGUUGAAGUGCGAGAUCUCAAUUGCAUGGAACUUACAAUAAAUUCACAAGGACACUGA